AUGAGCCACGAAACUCUACAGAAGGAGAGCAAACUGGACAGGACUGCGGCUGAACCUGAACCUGACCGCGAACCUGAACCGCCUCGAUUGCAGCCCUAUUCCUGUUUAUCCUGCCGCAGAAAGAGGAAAAGGUGCGACAGGACCAAUCCUUGUGUCAACUGUCGCAAGUCGGGGACAGACUGUGUGUUUGCUCCAAGAAAGCCUUCGACCAGGCAAUAUUCUGGUCCCAGUGCCUUGGAACGGGUCAAGUAUCUUGAAGGCGUUGUUCAGCAACUACGAGCAGAAUUGGAGUUGAGACAGCCAAGCAGUAAUGAUGAGAACAACAAGUUGUCAAACAGAGGGCAAACACGGCCAUUUUCCCAUGCGUACCCUGAAGAUGAUGGGCUUGGUGACAAGAAUGACGUCGCGGAUUUGCAGGCAGAAUUCGGACAACUCGCAAUUGGAGAAGGACGAAGCAGGUACAUUGUCAGCAACUUUUGGGCCAACCUGACUGAACAGGUAGAUGGCUUGGCAGACACAUUGGAGGACCUGACAGAUCCGAAAGAUCAUGAAGAGCCAAGAAUGCAGGAUGCAACACACGAUCAGUCGGUGACAACUUCACUAUUGGGUCUCAGUCCCUGCUACUCAAGCCUACGUCAGCUUCAUCCAACACCGGACAAGGUGAUGGUGUACUGGCGCCUGUACAAAGAAAAUUGCGACCCCGUCAUCAAAAUCCUUCACAUACCAACAAUCGAACCACUUGUACUUCAGUACCGGAGUCAAUUAGACGGCUUGCCUCGAGGACUUGAAGCGCUCCUAUUUGCCAUUUACUUUUCCACCAUAGCCAGUCUCUCCGAUGAAGAAUGUCCAAAGACUCUGGGUGCCGAAAAGAGCAGUCUCCUCAGCAUGUACAAAGCCGGCACGGAGCAAGCACUAGCACGCGCACAUCUCCUCGAAACAGACGAAAUCAUUGUCCUACAAGCCUUUGCGAUAUUCUUAAGCAGCCUUCGAAACUACUGUAACUUGCGACUCAUGUGGUCGCUCACAUCCAUGGCUGUGCGACUCGCCCAAAACACUGGAGUCCAUCGCGACGGAACGCACUUUGGUCUCUCACCAUUUACAACGGAGACAAGACGCCGGCUAUGGUGGAAUAUCUGUGCUCUCGAUGCUCGAGCGGCAGAAGACUCUGGGUAUAAUACGUCCAUCCACGCUAUCGGCCAUGAUGCGCAAAUGCCACUCAAUGUUAAUGAUACAGAUUUAUCCCCCAGCAUGACGGAGUUUCCAGCCCCAAAAGCCAGCUUCACAAUCAUGACGUUUAGCAUUGUCAAAUUCCGCGCAACAAUCGUGUUUCAAAGUCUUCAGAACCUAUCGCCAGGAACAAUCGGACCAUGCGGCAAGCUCCAUACCACAGAGAGCCUGGAACAACGCAGCACCAUGAUACUACAAUACCAAGACAUGCUUCAGAAACUGUUCUCGGGCCACGACCCAUCUGACCCUUUCUAUUGGUACACUGCCAUCAUUUCGCGCAUAAUGCUAGGCAAGAUGUGGCUCAUGGCGUACUAUCCGUCCCUGCGGCUAGAAACCUGCGGCGGACUGCCAGAUCACAUCAAGGACAGCCUCUUCAUCAGGUCAAUCACGAUUGUCGAGUCCCAGGUUCUUUUGUAUACUGGCGAACCAACAGCCAGAUGGAGUUGGUUUUGUUUCUCCCACGUGCAGUGGUAUGCAAUUGCCUAUAUAUUGACGGAACUUUGUUCCCGAUCAGAAGGUGAUCUAGUUGAGCAAGCAUGGAGGGCAAUCAAUGCCGUCCUGAACAUCUGCUGCUUCACUCUGUCGCAAACUGAUGCUCAGACAAAUGAUAUUGAGUUUGGUCAUCGCUCUAAAUUCGGCGGUCUUCGUGACUUCGAAUAUAAGUUGUUGAACCGAUUGUUGAGAAAGGCGAGGGCUGCAAGGCUCAAACAACCAGGACCUUCAAACACCACAGUGCCUCAUCAUGCCACUGGCGCGGAAGACUUGUUCGCUGCGGCACAUCAUUUCGAUGACGAACUGAUAUCUGGUGCGGGAAUACUCAGUUCAACUACCGUGGGCAAUUGUGCAUUCGAGCCCGGCGACGAGGUGCCCGUUUCUGCUAGCUAUGUCCAGAAUCGAGUGGUGGACAGUGAUGAGAGCUACUCCUUUGAUCAUCUUAUUUAUGCGCCAUUGCAUUAUCACGAGGGCUAA